AUGGCAGCAAACGAUACCGUCGCGUCCAAGUCCGCCUUCCUGUGCAUGUACAUGUCGAACCACCCCGACACGCUCGUCGCGUACGUCAAGCAUUUUGGCAAGGUCCCAGGCAAUGUAAAGAGUGCGAAGAUGACCGCUAUCGACCAGCAGGCGAUGACACUUUCCUUUGAACAAGUAGACGGCACUGGAGGCAUUGCAAGAGUCACUUUCAACCCGCCCCUUGCAGGCUACGAGGAGGUGAAGCCCCGGUUGCUGGGAAUGAAGGCGGAGGCACAGGAAGCGCUCGGCAUGAUCAAGGCGCCUGUCCUCACUUCUUUCAGUCUCCCACUGUCCGUCUCCGCGCGCGGCAUCGGCAUUGUGGUUGUCAUGUUUUACUUUCUCUGUCCCCCUCCCGCAGGCGACCAAACACUCUUCGUGCCUGCGCAAGCUCUGCACCAUAAGUCGCUUGCGACGUUUGUAGUGUUCUCGCACAUAUUCGAAGCGCUGUGGGCCUUGUACCUGUGUCGGAAGAGCGUCAGAGGUUUCGUACCAACAGCGAUGUAUGCGAUCGCCACUGUUAUCCUCGGAUACCCGGUAUGGCGGGACAUUCAGAGACGCGUUCAGGAAGCUAGGAUUGACUCCGUGAUGAAGGUGGAAUGA